GGAAUCUCCCAGUCUGAACCGGUUUCAACCGGUUGCGAGUUUGUUGCUUGAGAGAAGAAGCGCAGGCUUACAGUCUCUUAAAACGCCCCGCUGCAUUAAAUAUUUCAGAAAAAUAAAUAAAAUAGUAAAUCAAGGAUUAUUUUAUUUCAUAAAAUGAACCGGAAUAACAAACUACAUAGCGUGCCGUAAUUAUUCUAGCAAAACAGACAAGUGUAGGAAUACAGUAUAGAAAUUCUAGAACGGUAUUUAAUCCUUUCUAAAUUCUCUGGCUAGAAAGCCACAUUGCUUUCAUUUUAAAAUUUGGGAUUUGGGAUUUUUACCAGGUAUUUGUGGUUUAUGUACCACCCACUGAAAACAUUAAGUUCACGUUGCUGACUUAAAAACUGUUUUACAGUUUCUCAUUCACUGCUGGAAAUAAAACCAAAAGGAGGGGCGGUUGUUUAAAACAUAGUAAUCUAUGCCAGCAAUUAUGACAAUGUUAGCAGACCAUGCAGCUCGUCAGCUGCUGGACUUCAGCCAGAAACUGGAUAUCAACCUACUGGACAGUGUGGUGAAUUGUUUGUACCAUGGUGAAGGUCCACAGCAAAGAAUGGCACAGGAGGUGUUGACCCAUUUGAAAGAACACCCAGAUGCUUGGACAAGAGUUGACACCAUUUUGGAGUUUUCGCAGAAUAUGAACACUAAAUACUAUGCACUGCAAAUCUUGGAAACGGUUAUAAAAACAAGAUGGAAGAUUCUUCCCAGAAAUCAGUGUGAAGGAAUAAAAAAAUACGUUGUUGGUUUGAUUAUCAAAACGUCAUCGGACGCAACAAGUGUGGAGAAAGAGAAGGUUUACAUUGGGAAACUGAACAUGAUUCUGGUUCAGAUACUGAAACAGGAGUGGCCCAAACACUGGCCAACAUUUAUAAGUGACAUUGUGGGAGCCAGUAGGACCAGUGAAAGCCUCUGCCAGAACAACAUGAUCAUUCUCAAGCUGCUGAGUGAGGAGGUGUUCGAUUUCUCCAGUGGACAGAUGACCCAGGUGAAAGCAAAGCAUUUAAAAGACAGCAUGUGCAAUGAGUUUUCACAGAUAUUCCAGCUCUGUCAGUUUGUCAUGGAAAACUCUCAGAAUGCCCCUCUUGUCCAUGCAACCUUGGAGACAUUACUCAGAUUCUUAAACUGGAUUCCGCUUGGAUAUAUAUUUGAGACAAAACUGAUCAGCACACUUGUAUACAAGUUUUUAAACGUCCCAAUGUUUCGAAAUGUGACCCUUAAGUGUCUGACGGAAAUUGCUGGUGUCAGUGUCAGUCAAUAUGAGGAGCAGUUUGUUACUCUCUUUACACUGACAAUGAUGCAGUUGAAACAGAUGCUUCCUUUAAACACCAAUAUCAGAUUGGCUUAUUCAAAUGGAAAAGAUGAUGAGCAGAAUUUCAUUCAGAACCUUAGCUUGUUUCUCUGUACGUUUUUAAAAGAACAUGGGCAACUCGUAGAAAAGAGGCUGAACCUAAGGGAAACUCUGAUGGAGGCUCUUCAUUACAUGUUGUUGGUAUCCGAAGUUGAAGAAAGGGAGAUUUUUAAGAUUUGUCUCGAGUACUGGAACCAUUUGGCAGCUGAACUCUAUCGAGAAAGUCCGUUUUCAACAUCGACAUCUCCAAUAUUGUCUGGAAGUCAACACUUCGAUGUCCCUCCUCGGAGGCAGCUGUAUUUGCCGGUGUUGUCAAAAGGUCGUCUACUAAUGGUCAGCCGAAUGGCUAAACCAGAGGAAGUGCUGGUUGUGGAAAAUGACCAAGGAGAAGUUGUAAGGGAAUUUAUGAAGGACACAGAUUCCAUCAACUUGUAUAAAAACAUGAGGGAGACGCUUGUGUACCUUACACAUUUAGACUAUGCAGACACAGAACGUAUUAUGACAGAGAAACUUCACAAUCAAGUAAAUGGUACAGAGUGGUCUUGGAAAAACCUGAAUACACUUUGCUGGGCUAUUGGUUCAAUCAGUGGAGCGAUGCAUGAAGAAGAUGAAAAGAGGUUCUUGGUAACAGUUAUUAAGGAUCUCCUUGGCCUAUGUGAACAAAAGAGGGGAAAGGACAACAAAGCUAUUAUUGCAUCAAACAUAAUGUACAUUGUGGGGCAGUAUCCCAGAUUUCUCAGAGCCCACUGGAAAUUUUUGAAGACUGUGGUCAACAAGCUGUUUGAAUUCAUGCAUGAAACCCAUGAUGGUGUACAGGAUAUGGCAUGUGACACAUUUAUUAAAAUAGCCCAGAAAUGCCGUAGGCACUUUGUUCAGGUGCAGGUAGGAGAAGUGAUGCCAUUUAUAGAUGAAAUUCUGAACAACAUUAACACAAUAAUCUGCGACCUUCAGCCACAACAGGUUCAUACGUUCUAUGAAGCUGUUGGUUACAUGAUCGGGGCACAGACGGACCAAACCGUGCAGGAGCACUUAAUAGAAAAAUACAUGCUCCUGCCUAACCAAGUGUGGGAUAGCAUCAUUCAACAGGCAACCAAAAAUGUAGACAUUCUGAAGGACCCAGAAACAGUGAAGCAACUUGGCAGUAUCUUGAAAACAAAUGUAAGAGCGUGUAAAGCUGUUGGUCAUCCUUUUGUAAUUCAGCUUGGCAGAAUCUACCUGGAUAUGCUGAAUGUGUACAAGUGCCUCAGUGAGAAUAUUUCUGCAGCAAUUCAAACAAAUGGAGAAAUGGUGACCAAACAACCUUUGAUAAGAAGUAUGCGAACAGUAAAAAGGGAAACAUUAAAACUGAUUUCCGGUUGGGUGAGCCGGUCCAAUGAUCCUCAGAUGGUAGCGGAGAACUUUGUGCCCCCUCUCUUGGAUGCAGUUCUUAUUGAUUAUCAGAGGAAUGUCCCUGCAGCCAGGGAGCCUGAAGUACUGAGUACCAUGGCUACCAUUGUGAAUAAAUUGAGUGGUCACAUCACAGCUGAAAUUCCACAGAUAUUUGAUGCCGUCUUCGAAUGCACUUUAAAUAUGAUUAACAAAGACUUUGAGGAAUAUCCUGAGCAUCGAACACAUUUCUUCUUGCUGCUGCAGGCUGUAAAUUCACAUUGCUUCCCAGCAUUCCUGGCCAUUCCUCCUGCACAGUUCAAGUUGGUGUUGGAUUCUAUUAUUUGGGCUUUUAAACACACAAUGAGAAAUGUUGCUGACACAGGUCUGCAGAUACUGUAUACCCUUCUACAAAAUGUAGCUCAGGAAGAGUCAGCUGCUCAGAGUUUCUACCAGACUUACUUCUGUGAAAUUCUGCAACAUAUCUUCUCUGUUGUAACGGAUACCUCUCAUACUGCUGGUUUAACAAUGCAUGCUUCAAUUCUUGCAUACAUGUUUAAUUUGGUGGAAGAAGGCAAAAUAAAUGCAGCAUUGAAUCCAGCAAAUCCAGUCAACAACCAGAUGUUUAUUCAAGAGUAUGUGGCCAAUCUUCUCAAGUCAGCCUUCCCACACUUACAGGAUGCACAGGUAAAAGUGUUUGUAACUGGGUUGUUCAGCUUGAAUCAAGAUAUUCCUGCCUUCAAAGAACAUCUAAGGGACUUUCUGGUACAAAUUAAGGAGUUUGCUGGUGAAGAUACAACAGACCUAUUCUUGGAAGAAAGAGAAUCGUCUCUUCGACAAGCCCAGGAGGAGAAACACAAAUUACAAAUGUCUGUUCCUGGAAUCUUAAAUCCACAUGAAAUUCCAGAAGAAAUGUGUGAUUGAAAAUUGUGUAAGCCAAGUUUUGCAUUGUUCCUUCUGAUCAGUUACCGGCUGUCAUACAGGAGCGAACUGCACUUGGGUAUUUGUUGACCAAAACAAUGCCAAUGUGUAAAUUAUACUGUCACCUAGUGGCCCUUUUUACUUAGUAUGCAUUUUGUAUGGAAACUUUUUUUCUUGUGUAAUAUCUUUCCAUUGUUAAUUAAAGCGUAUAUUUGGUCAUCUUCAUUUAGAUCUGCAUGAGGUAAGAAUUGAGGCAUUAAAAAAAAAAAAAAAAAAAAAAAAAAAAGCCCAUUUUGUUAAAGCAGGAGAAAGUGGUUGGUCUAAAUUCCACUGCAAAAUGGCUUUUAGAACUAUUCUGUAGUGGAUUACCAAUAUUAGUUUGGUGGGAUGUUACAGUAAUGUAGCAUUGCGUGUACUCUGCAGCCUAGGAGAAAUGUUGCAAGAUAGAGGAUUACAAUUAAGAUUAAAGAUGUUGCUUUUGUCAAUGGUGUAGUGUAAGGGUUAGCUCAAUUGGUUGUGCUCAACCUAAACUACCGUCAUUUGUUGCUAGACAUACUUUGCAGCAAGAUCAUGUGCAUAUCAUCCCAUUGUGAAGCAUCUUUAAUAACACGGGAACACAGAACAGUUGGUUAUUUUUACAGAGUUUGUGUGUGUGUGUGUGUGUGUGCUGUCGCUUUGUCGACAACAGCUUUUUGUUUUCCUCAAUGAGGAGUGUUGUGAGCUUUCAUUAAUUCCAAGUGAAAGUGGUUAAAAUAUUUAUCAGUUAGCAUUGGCUGCGUCUUUAUAACUCAUGUUAAUUCAGAUGAUUUGUUCUAAUUUAUGUUGUUUACCAUGCUGUAGUGCUUCAAGAACACUACUUAAGAGCAAAAUAAACUUGGUUUACAUUUAAUUUUCUAUUUUUUUUUUUGCAUCUUUCAUUUUUAUCUUGAAAUUCUAUCCAAAUAAUUUUCAAGAGGCUUUUAUUCAGAGAAUUAAUAUUUGCCAACAAUAUAAUUAGGAGAAUGUAUAAACCAAAAUACCAAUGUUUAAUGCCUAGAUGAAAAGAGAAAUGAAAAAUCUCUUAAGUGUUACAUUUGUUGUGAAACUUUUUGAAACUGAUUAAAGUUGAGAGAAUUUU